AUGAGUGAGUUCGACACUUACGCUGCCGGAACCAUCACGCCUGUGCUGAGCCGUGCACUGGCUGAUCUCUAUCAGCAGGAGCACGGAUCUGUUGAGCCUGUUGAAUACCUCAGCAAUUGGCUCAAGCUCUGGGCUGAGGCGCAGGUCUCCGAACAGGAACGUGAAGUAAAAGCUCGAAAGCAAUUACAAUAUACAAAAACGGUCGACGCCGAACUUCGUGAAAGACAAGUAAAACUCGAGGAAGAGGAAGAGAGAGCAGCGAGGCCACUGAAGAUCCUGGACGAGCUCUCGCAGAGACUCGCCAAUGUCGAUUACAAUGAAGAUUGUAAGUACUGCCAGCGCUUCCCAAACCCAGGCUUGUGGCAAGAGCUAACUGACAGUGUGCGAGAGGCAGUUGCUGGGUGCAGCGGGUGUUACGUUGGGGAGGUUGUCAUCGAUGAGGAAGGAGCCAAGCUUAUACGGUACAUUGCUAAUUCUGGUACUGCCCCUGGUGAGGCAAGGUUGCAGGGAAGUGAGGGAGUUGUUUGGCAGGUGCUCCAACCACGAGGGGAAGAAGAGGAAGAAGGGGAUCAAGAGCCCUCUCCUAGGUCGAGGCAAUUGUAUAUAUCCAACGUUAUGGAUGUCCCCGAAGUGAAGUACUUCGAGUUUACUAAGCCCGGAUCUUUCCUGGCUAUCCCGAUAACGUAUUCAAGCCUCUUGAAUAAGGAGGGCCUGGAAGCAGCAGUGACCGACAUGAAGGAACGACGAGCUCAGUUCGCGGAGGAAAUGGCAUCGUUUGAGGAGGCUAAGGCUCAAUAUGAGCAGGCAGUGGCUGAGCUAAAGGAAGGGGAGGAGAAUCCCGAGGAACCCGUACAGCCAGUGAUUAGAGAAUUGAAUGCAUUGGAGGGCGUAACUGGGCAGCUGGUUCUAUGUGUGGACACCCUAGGAGCAGAGGGAGGCUUGUUGGAGAUUCGCCAGCAGUACAUUGAGAAGUUGGCUGCCCUCUGCGGUCACCUUGAGAAGGGGAAGGCUGCUAUGGAGCUACAAGCUGUUAGGGAACAGGCUGAAUACCUAACGUCUGAAGCUGGCGAGGCCAAUCGUACGGAAUUGAUGGGUAAGUAUGUGGAGGCCACCGGUGGAGAGGCAGUGGAGGAGGUGGAGAAGCAAGUGGAGGAGGAAAUCGAAGGAUUAGGGGAAGAUGCGACUGAUGAUGAUAAGGGGGUUAUACGAUUAGCCCGCAAGUUGAAGAUGUUGAGGUCUGUGUUGGAUGGUACUGUUAAGGGCAACUUGCUACUUGAUAUCAGCUCUAGAAAGCUACCCGAAGAGGCAUUGGCUGUUAUCAUGAAGGCGGUGCUGUUGUUCCUCGCUGAGCAAGAUGCGUCUUCGAUUUAUGGAGAUGCGGAGCUCCAGUGGUCUCAGCUGGUAGCCGCCCUCCAUUCUGAAAGCAUUUGGGAGAAGAUCGUAUCGGCUGAUAUGAGGCGACCAAGGCCAGGUGUGCCUCCGGAACAUACUUUAGAGAGGGCAAAGGCUUUGGUCGAGGAGGCGAUACAAUGUGGCGGUCAGAAGGCCGAGGAUGGUGCUAUCGAGGAAGAAGUGAGUAAGGAGCGCCCUGCCGAGGUUAUAUUGUUGGGCUUGUUGGAGGCAGCAGUUGAGCUUAGAGAGAAGGAUGUCCGUAUGAGGUGGCUAAAUAGUGACCUGCACAAGAGGGUAUGGGAGCCUCGGGUAGCGGCAACGGAAGAGGCAGAGAAGGACGAGGGAGGCACGGUUGAGGAGGGUAAGGGAGAAGAGGCAGCAGAUAGUCCGGAAGGAGGGGGAGAAACUGAAGAAGCUUUACCUGCAAAGGAGCUUGUUGAAGUCCCAACUGCUGUUGACCCUAGCGAGGCGUCUGCCAUCGACGCUGACUUCGUACCACUACUUGAGGCCGACCUAGCACAGCUAGCUGAGGAGAGGGAGGCAUCGGCAGCAGCUGCGGAUGGUACUGAAUGCAUCCCAGCACCUGGCUGGUGGGAGAACUUCAUCGGUCCAGGCCAUGCUCUCGACACUGACAAGUUCUUCAUAAUAUGUUCUAAUGUCCUGGGUAGUUGUUUUGGCUCCACUGGUCCUUCCUCAGUGAACCCUGACACAGGCCGUCCUUAUGGUGGGGACUUCCCUGUCAUUACAAUCUUUGAUAUUGUGCGAAUGCAAGUGGAACUUAUACGGAAGCGCUUUGGAAUUGAGCAGUUGCAUUGCAGUGUUGGUAGCUCUAUGGGUGGCAUGCAGACUCUGGCACUAUGCAGUCGAUACCCAGGGAUAGCAAAGCGUGCUGUGAUUAUAUCGAGCAGUGCAUACAGUAGCCCACAUUCCAUCGCUCUACGCCAUGUGCAACGACAAGCUCUAGUCUCUGAUCCUCACUGGCAAGGAGGUCACUAUUAUGACACGCCUUACUUUCCGGAGAAAGGACUCCGUCUGGCCAGGGAGAUUGCUACGACAACAUACCGAAGUGGUCCUGAAUGGGAUUCCCGCUUCGCAAGACGGCGAUCCUCUGUUUUCGAGAAGGAUAAAGAUCGGCAAGUAGACUUGAACGAUGCUCUCUUCGCUAUAGAGGAGUACCUUGGGCAUCAAGGCAAGAAGUGGGUCGGCACCUAUGACCCCAACAGUCUGCUCUACUUAUCAAAGGCUAUGGAUAUGUUCAGUGUGGCCCCUGAUGGAGGUACCAUAGCUGAUGGCCUCAAGCCUAUGAAAGCUGUCCCAACGAUGAUUAUUGGCGUAAAAAGCGACAUACUUUUCCCGGUUUGGCAGCAGCGAGAACUGGCUGAUGCCCUGAGAGAGGUCGGCAAUAAGGAUGUUGUAUAUUAUGAGCUGGAUGCCAUAUUUGGGCACGAUACGUUCCUCGUCGACACUACCAAUGUGGUCCCAGCUGUGAAGGGGCAUUUAGAAUUUCAUUAG